GGAUGACCAUGGCUUCCACGGAUGGAAAUCAAAGGAAAGAGGUAAUGGGGUACCCCCCAAUGAGAGGGCAUCCACAAGCAGUGGCACACCCAGGGUACGCCCUGCCAUAUCAAGGGUACCCCCCACCACAACCUGGCUAUCCCAACCUCCCCAACAACAACUUUCAAUACACUGCAACUCCCCCUCCCGUCUAUUACACGACCUCACAACACUAUCUGCCUACAAACCCCGAAAAAACCAGUGGCUACACUUUUGCUCGCUUCAUGAUGUUCAUGAUGAUUGUGUUAAUCGUUGGCAUGUUAAUGAUGAGCUUCGUCUCUUGGAUCAUGUUUGGAUUGGAUAUCCCUGACUUUCAUGUUGAGUCAUUGUCUGUGCCUUCUUUCAACGUCACAAACUCGACAUUAUAUGCAAAUUGGAACACCAAUGUGACCGUUAGGAACCCGAGCAGCAAAUUAGAGGUUUAUUUUUCUCAAGUUAGGAGUACCCUAUCUUACAAUGAUAAUCCUCUAGGCAUUUUCAUGGUUAAGCCAUUUCAGCUGGGGAAAAAUGAAGAAACAAGUUUAGAGGCCAAGUUUGUAUCACCCAGUAGCUAUAUAUACUCCCCAGACUCUCUGUGGGUGAAUGAGAUGGCUGAUCAACGAAGUAAGGGGUCUGUGUUUUAUGAUAUGAGGUUAAAUUUGAUGGUCACAUUCAAAUCUGGAUCAAUUUGGACAAAAAAUGUAGUCUUAAAAGUCAUAUGUAAGGAUUUAGAGGUUCGUUUUCCGGCGGCCACCGGAGGUGGAAAUGGAGCAUGGCCAGGAGAUAAUCAGCAUGACUGUUACUUGAUUGUUUGA